GCUGUUUUUCUUUUUAUACUCAAUUAUCUUCUAAUUGAACACUGGGGAGCAGAUUGUCAGCAGCUACAUCCCAGAAGACUUUCCUGCAAGACCAAUCGUUAAAGUUGGAAAAUGUAUGCCUGUUUAUAUGUGGCAUAUUAAACUCGGGUGCAUCAGGAACGUCACCUCCUGGCAGAGGCUGUGUAACCCGUGAUCAUCUCCCUGAAAAACCAGUCCACACAAUUUGGUUUACUUACUCUGAGCCAAUGCGUUGCAUUAAGAGCAUAAGUGUGAUAGUGUUUUUGACUUCUAUCUUUCUUAUCAUCCUCUACUCGACCCUGCACCUGGAGUUGUCCCACUCUGUCAGGGCUUCACUGCAGGACCUCCAGAAUGAACCUGACCUGAACAAUGCUGCAAAAAAUUCCUUCAAGGAGGAGAGCCUCAACAGUCCUCUCCCAGAUGUCAACACUGUCACAGUUUCUCAGGGCAUGGUGAACUUUGAUUUCCAUGAUUUCUCAGUUUCUCAGGGCUUUAGAGAGAUCAUCCCUCAGAAUGGAGGGUACUGGAACCGACUGCUGUUUUCAGCCUUGAGAAGUUUGGACAACAGAAAAAAUCCUUUAAUAAACAAGCUUCCUUGGCUUGGCUGCAGGCAGGAGAAUCAACAGCUUCUACAAAUCAAUGUUCAUGACUUUAACUCUUACCCUGAUUUGUUUCAGUCUUUUCUGCAAGGCAUGAACUGCAUGUCCCCUCCGGUUCUGAUCAAUCAACCCAACAAGUGCAUCCCCAAAGACAAAAACGGGGACAAACAGACCUUCCUGCUUUUUGCCAUCAAGUCAACACCAAGAAACUUUGAGAGGAGACAAGCAGUGAGGGAGACGUGGGGUAGAGAAGGGGAGUAUCAGAAUGGGCUAAGAGUGCGCACUGUGUUCCUACUUGGUAGCACCUCAAUGGACGACCCCGACCUCAGCGCACUGCUGUCGUAUGAAGCAAAACACUUUGGAGACCUGCUGCAGUGGGACUUCCACGACUCCUUCUUUAACCUGACCCUCAAAAUGAGCGUAUUUAUGAAGUGGACACUGAAAAAUUGCCCUCAGGUCUCCUUCAUCUUCAGUGGGGAUGAUGAUGUUUUUGUCAACACACCUUUAUUGCUCACUUACCUGCAGUCUCUGGAGGCUUCAAAAGCAUCUCAGCUGUAUGUUGGACAAAUAAUUAGCUCAGCAAGCCCCCACAGAGACUCUAGAAACAAAUACUACAUUCCUCAGAGCUUCUACGAUGGACCAUACCCCGCAUACGCUGGUGGAGGUGGUUUUGUUUUCUCAGGAGCUUUGAUGCAGCCCCUAUUUUUAGCUUCUCAUGUCAUUCCUUUCUACCCUAUCGAUGAUGUUUACAUGGGUAUGCUAUUUAGGGCUUUAGAGGUUUCUGCUGAGGCCCACACAGGAUUUCAGACGUUUGAUGUCAAACAGCAAGAUCGUGCAAAUGUUUGUGUCCAUAAAGGCCAUAUUCUGGUUCAUCAGCGUUUCCCACAGGAGAUAAAGAAGAUAUGGAACGCCAUCAACAGUCCCAUGCUGACUUGUUGAACUAAUUGACAAGCAAAUUCCCUUUUUUUUUUCUUUUUUUUUAUAAACUAAAGGCUUAUUAAUUAUACAUUAGGGAAAAGCAGAGCAAUUCUGCUUGGAGUAUUUUAGUAAAGCAAUUUUUAAAAUGUCUGCAUAUCUCUAUAGGAAGACCAGUUUUACCAUGAAGGGAGAAAAAAAAAACAAAUGCAAAUGCUGAUAUCCUGCGGACAUGAGCAUUUGCAUGAAUUGUUAGCCUACUUUUACUUAUCUACAGAA